AUGAAGCCUUUAAAAUACAAGAUAAUUACCAGUUUCCAAACGAACUUUUCUUAUGCAACGAAAGCAAUGGAGAACAACAUGCACGCUAAAACUUACGAGGGAGCUAUUGAUGCAUUAAACGAGGUGCAAAGCAACACUGAAUAUAUACGAAACUAUUUAAUUAGACCUAAGCAUGAAACGAAUCUACCUACAGUGGCAAAAUAUCUGAAAAGAUCUGGCUUGGAAUUAAAAGAUCUGGAUAAACUGUCCGUUAUCCACGUAACUGGAACGAAUGGUAAGGGCACAACAUGUGCAUACACCGAACGGAUAUUGAGAAGCCAUGGUUACUCGACUGGGUUUUUUUCGUCCCCUCAUUUAUUGAAUGUUCGAGAGAGGAUCAGGCUGAAUGGUAAACCCGUCUCGAAGCCGGAAUUCGCCAAAUAUUUUUGGAAAAUUUACGAUACUCUCGAUAGUCAAAAAGAGAAUCCCAGUGAUAUGCCACUGUACUUUCGGUUCCUAACUCUCAUGGCCCUCCAUAUGUUUUUAGAUAAAAAAGUGGAUGUAGCCAUUUUGGAAGUUGGUAUUGGUGGUGAAUACGAUUGUACUAAUAUUGUGAGGAAAACUGAAGUUGUGGGAAUAACACCUUUAGAUUUGGAUCAUGUUUCUAUGCUAGGAGACACCCUUGAAAGUAUUGCUUGGAAUAAGAGUGGUAUUAUGAAAGAAGGGUGUUCAGCUUUUACAACAAAUCAGCCACCUGAGGUUUUGAAUGUCUUCAAGGAACGCAGCAAAGAGAAGAAGUGUACACUUAAAGUGAUAGAUAACAAUAAUUACAGUAAAAACUGUUCGAAUAUACCAUUCCAUGUGAAGAAAACAAAUGCUAGUCUAGCUUUUUCUUUAGCUGAAGCUUAUAUCAAUAGAGAUAAAAAUGGUAACAAAACAUUUGAUCCGGAAUUAGCCAUAAAGUCAAUUGAAGAAACCCAUUGGCCUGGCAGAUAUGAAAUUAUACGAAACGAAAACCUAACGUAUUAUUUGGACGGUGCGCAUACGUUGGAUAGCUUGCGCAUUUGUAAGAAUUGGUACAUAUCUCAUACUCGAAAUAGCGAUAGGAAAAAAUGUUUAGUAUUUAACAUGACGGGAACAAGAGACUUAAACGAGUUUUUCAACGAAUUGAAUCACAUCAGAUUCGAUUUAGUCGUGUUCAUUCCAAAUGUAUCUGGCGUUAGCGACAAAGCAGAUACAGCUAAUUUUAAAUUUCCAGAAGAAAAACAGCUUCUGAAAUGCCACGAAUAUAAAACAAAGUGGCUGGAAAUGUACGGAUCCGAUUCUUCUUCUUCGCCUUGCGUGCACGUUUUCCCGUCAUUCUCGCAGGCCGCGAAUUUUUUUAAACAAUCCGGCGAUUGCGAUGUAUUAGUUACAGGUUCCAUACAUUUAAUUGGAGCGGCCCUUUCCAUUUUGGAUCCCACUUUAAACGGCACGUUACUGGAUUAA